GGCACUGAGCAUGCGCACUGGCCAGCAGGAGGCAAAAAGCCAGCCCUGCACACACUCACAAGGAGGAGGAGGAGGCACACAACUCUAGCUGGCUCAAAUCAGCGCCAGGAGGAGGCUGGGGUGCUGCUGCUGAGCAGAGCAAGUGUGUCCAGUUCUAGAUCAAAGUUGGGAAUAUAGUUGAAAACGCUACAAUCAAGAGCAAUGAAUUAAAACUGAAGAGACACUUGAACAAUCAAAUGGGGAACACCUGAGAAUUCUACCUAUUGAGACAAUGACAAGUUAGAGGUACAAUCAAAAUGAAUGUUGAAGAUAUAGAAGGAAAGGACUUGCAGCCUCCUUUAAUCAUCAAGGAUGAAAAUGGCAAUAAAUUUGUAUGCAACACAGUGACCUUGAAUGGAGGCACUGUUAGCCACCACCAAGAAGUGGAUGAUGAAGACUAUAUUAAACUUAGGGAUAGGAAUGAGACAAAAAGCACUUCUUCAUAUUCUCAGUGUACUGAAGCACGAGACCAGCAGAAAAUUGCCAGUGACUAUAUCUGCAUGGGGACUUCAGAUCUAGAAGUCACACAUGUCCCUUCUCCAAAAGAACCAUUGUACAUGUAUGCCUUGAAUCAGACUUUCUCAGAACCAGAGAGCCUUCUCAAAAACAGUCGUUCAGUAAAAAAUACCCAGAGUUGUAGUACUGAGGAAUCUGUGCCUUAUUGCCAGGCAAACUUAGCGCAUUUAACGCCUGAUGAAGCUACGGAGCUGAAUGCAAAUGCUGACAUCCAGGAUGGGUUAAGCUGUGCCCAAAUGAAACAGGAAGGUGCUAGUUCAAAUGAAUCUUUUAUUACAAUUAUAAAUCUGAGGGAUACGAUGAGAACUAAGUGUUAUGAGAUAGGAUGUGUUCCUGUAUCUUCUGAGGAAACUUGUGAAACUAUCUCUCAUGCCCACCAUGCUGGAUCUCCUAAGCUAAAUGUCUUCAGCAGCCCAAAUAUAACAAACAUCAUCCAUGUAGAAAGAAGAGUGCUUCCUACUGCUCUUUCACUAACAGAAAAUGAGGUCACCAAUUAUAUUGACUUGGUAUCACAGAAUAGUGAACAACAUGAAAAGCAAGGAAACCAGGUUGCUGAAUGGCCUGAACCUCACUGUGGGGGCUCACCUGAACUGGAACCAUUUAAUUUAUACGAAAACAAGGAUAAGAGAUAUAUGCAUAGCACGCCAGAGCAUGAUGAAAAUAAAUGGCCAGCUGAACCUGGAGCUGUUAGUGGCUUGUGCCCUCUUGCAGUUCAGAGUUUCAAUGAGCAUUUAGGACAGGAAUUUUAUGAAGACAGAGGAAUAUUGACCAAAGUACCAAAUAUCCCUGAAGGAGAUCGUGUUUUGCCAGUUGGACAUGAGGGAGAUCAUGCUUUGCUGGAUGGACAAGAUAAAGUGUUUGGGGCAAUACAAAAUGAUAUACCAAAGUUAGAAACUGUUGUUCUACCUGAACCUAAUUGUCAAGCAACUUUUGUGGUUUUUAAUUCUACAAAUGAACAAAACUUGACUUCUCCUCCUGCAGCAGGGCCAAAAAACACAACCUUUGCAGUGUUUACCAUGCCAGAAGAAGCUGGUGAUGGGACUUGUAAAUCUGGAAGGAAUGCUCCCUUAGGGAAAGAACAGCUCAGGAGGAAUUCAUUCAAAAAUAAUUGUGAACGAAUUGCCAUUAAAUCAACAAACCGAUCUCCCCUUGCAGCUACCAUAACCAAAGCUAGGAAAGCAGAAAUAGUGAGCUUUCCAAAACCAAACUUUAAAAACAUCAAGCCCAAAGUGAUGUCCAGACCUGUAUCUCAGACAAAAGAGAGUGCAGCAUUAAAGGCCACUCAAAGAUCCCCUCAGCUAUCUGUUGCUUCUUCAUCUUCCCCAUCUUCUUCCCCAAGACAGCCGCUGUCUUCAAUUGCAACACUGAGAAGAAAAACUGAAUUGGACAAAGGUACAAAAGCAGAAACACCAAUGAAUAAGACCCAUAAGCAACAUCUUAAUAAACACCUUCCUAGCCAAGCUCUGCAUGCUGCAACUCAUUCCGAAAACACUUCCCACAAGGUUCCAAAAACAACAGCAUUAAAGCAGAACGUGGAACAGGUUGACAGAGCAAGAUGUUCUAAUUCAGUAUACUGUCCCGGCCCUGUAAUGUGCUCUCAGGACUCAAGUGGGAUGCCCUGUGACAAAAUGGAAACUGGAGGGUCCUGGGUGCCACAUUGUGCUUUGAGUAAUUCUCAGAUACCUCAAGAGGAGGAGCAGCAGAAGGACUGUUUGGGAAUGCCAGCAGAAAGCUCUGUUCCAGAUGCUACAAAUGAAGCUUUAAGACUUGCAGAUCUUCCUUCGGUUCCUGUGCCUAAAGCAGAUAUAGCACAAGGUCAAACUUUAUCUAAGGACAGUCCCAUCAUUUUAAGAAGCAGAGCACCAUCUAAGAUUGCAUUCCGCUCCAGGAGAGGAAGUGAGAGUAAAAAUACUCAAGCAACCAAAGGUUCAUCUCCUCAAAGAGCAGUUCGGUCAUCAAUUUCUGGAGUAGAGACAUUUUCUCCCAAGGGAAGGCUUACUUCUCUAAAAUCCACACCAGGAUCUUGGACUACUUCUGGUAAACUGAUUCCCAAACCAAAAGUGCCCGUUGAAGGACCAGGAUUUCGAAGAACCUCUAGCAUCUCUUCAAUCAGCAGCACUCAAAGUGACCAAAGUACUUGCAGCAAAAAUUCUACAAGUGCCACAAUUAUCAUCAAAAAUGGAGAAUGGCCUUCCAGAUUGGGUUGUCAAAAUGGUACAACUGGACCCCUCUCUCUUAAGCCAGCGGCCAGGCCAAGAGUGUUUUCCCUGAGAAACACCCCAAAAGGAGCAAAAUCCAAGUUAGGAUUAGCAAGCCCAUGUGUGCCAAAAUCAGCAGGGUCACUUCUUCCAGGAAGGAAAACCAGUGAUUCAAGAGGGUGCCAGCGGCCAGGGCCUUUGGGACAAAAUGGGCCCCGGAAUGGAUUGUCAACAUUCAAUUCUGUUGACAAGGGUAAGCAGAAGACUCCUAAGAACUCAUGCAUACAGACCCGGAUUUCUGCUGAAGUGCAUUCCACAGAAACGAAAACACAUGAGCUGACACAAUACAAAAGAAAAUGUGAAAACCAAAGUGGAAUUAUCCAACAACUGAAAAAAUGCUUGGGAAGCAGUAAUCAGAAGUUUGAAGCAUUAGCUCUUGUGAUCCAACACUUACAGUCUGAGAGGGAUGAAGUGCUAAAACAACAUAAAGAGUUAUCCCUAGAACUUCUCAAUCUUCGUGGAGAGUUGGUAACCACUUCUACAGCCUGUGAGAAAUUAGAGAAAGACAGAAAUGAACUACAAGCAGCUUAUGAAGGAUUCGUGCAGAAGCUGAACCAACAACACCAAAGUGAUUUAUCUGAACUAGAAGAGAGGCUAAAGCAGUUCUAUACUGCAGAAUGUGAAAAACUACAGAGCAUCUGCAUUGAAGAAGCUGAAAAAUAUAAAGCACAACUCCAGGACCAGGUUGACAACUUGAAUAUCACACAUGAGAACUUUAAGCUAGAACUUGAAACUAGUCAUACAGAAAAGAUAGAGGAGCUGAAGAAAGAGUAUGAAUCAUCCUUUUCAGAACUCAAGAACAUCCAUGAGUCAGAGAGGAAAAAGCUUGAAGAAUCUUUCCACGAGAAACAAGAGGAGUUAGAGAAAAAAAUUGCUGAAUUACAGAGUGAAAAUGAUUCCUUGAAUGAAAAGCUGAAAUCAGAAGAACAAAAGCGAAUAGCCAAAGAAAAAGCAAAUCUUAAAAACCCCCAGAUUAUGUAUCUGGAACAAGAACUGGAAAGUUUGAAAGCAGUGUUGGAAAUCAAGAAUGAGAAGCUACAUCAGCAAGAUAUCAAACUAUUGAAAACGGAAAAACUGGUGGAGAACAACACCGCCUUGAUGGAAAAACUAAGAAAACUUCAACAGGAGAAUGAAGAAUUAAAAGCUCGAAUGGACAAACACAUGGAGCUGUCCAGGCAACUUUCUACGGAACAAGCAGUUUUACAGGAAUCCCUGGAGAAAGAAUCAAAGGUAAAUAAACGACUUUCAAUGGAGAAUGAAGAACUUUUAUGGAAGCUACACAACGGAGACCUGUGCAGUCCAAAAAAACUAUCCCCAAGCACCCCACCAAUGCCUUUUCAGUCACCUAGGAAUUCCAGCUCCUUCUCCAGCCCGACUGUAUCACCUAGAUGACACAUCUCUGAAGAUUGACUCUCCAUGCAGGCAGUUCAUUCAUGAUCUGCAGCAAACUAAAUACAUGGAUUGAGGGAGCAAAGAGCUAUAUUAGCUAAAUGUGACUGAAAUAUAACUGGAAACUGCUGUUGUGAGAAAUUGCUAUAACAUACUGAAAGUUCAGGAGCAGAAUUCAAAACAGUGCUUCUGCCUGAUUAAAAAAAGAACAGACUUCUGUAAUAACUUCACUGAACGUUGUUGCACAAAGCACUUAAAAGAGCAAGCCUAGUCUUGUUCAUUAUUGCCUUUUCCACCUAACUCUAGGGGAAAAAAUGCUCAGGGGCUUCUAAAUAAAAGAUCACAACCUUUAAUACGUUCCUUAUUAUAGAUGACAUCUUGAGACUCUGGGUGUGGCGUGAACGAAUUGGAUGUAGCACACAAGAGUGUGUGUGUGUGAUGCCGCUGCCUUCACCAUGUAUAUUGUAAAGGACAAAAGCUGAAGAAUAUAGUGACAUGUACUUCAUGAAUAAAUAUUGUCAUAAUGCAUGUUCUAUCAGAGAUUUCCCCUUUACUGGGACUAAGGAAAAACUGUCACUUGUGUUCUAUGUUCUUCCUUAUCUCUCUACUUCAGUUUAGAAAAAGGAUGAAAGGAGAUGUUAUUUCUGUUUGAUUUUGUCAUUGUUUGCCUAUUUCAUAGUGGAAUUUAUAAUGAGACAGAUAAUUUCUUUAAACCAUAAUAUAUUGUUCAAAAGUUGUUUAGGCUACCCGUUUCUAUGAUAAGUAUUCUGAAUUAGAUUCCCUUCCUAGGUACAAUUCUCCCAUACCAUGUUUAAAAAGGAGCAAGAAGAUGUAUAAAAUUCAGACAUGCACCUUGUUUCAGUGUCAGAACAAGGGAGUGAUUUGACCCAUGACUGCAGGAUUUAAAAACAAAAGACAUGCACAUAUCAUUACAUGCAGAUAUUUUUAAAAUGAAUGAGAGGAUGUGGACAUUGCCAAUUAUUUCUCUCUCUCUUGCAUUCUGCAGAAUAAACAUCUUGGAACUGAUAGCUUACCAAUAUGCACUUUAACCUGUAAAUGCUAUGAGAGAGCCAUAUACAGCUGAUAGGUAAUAGAUUUGUCCACUCUUUCCAAUUGGCUGCAGGUCUCUGUAUCAACCGUUUCAUUUGGCAGGAGGCUUUCUCUUUCUUCCUUGAGUUAGCAAAAUUAAAUUGGAGGGUUUUUUUUGCUGAAGUGAUAUGUUGAAGAUAUUCAUGUCAUAAGCAUUACAAAUUUAAAGACUACAUAGUGCAUGUCUGCUUGUUAAUGACCUGUUCAAAAUUUAUUUUUAGAGAUUUAAUGUGUCUUGUAAGUACAAAUGCACUCCUUAUGGUUAAACAUUGUCUUUGCUUUCAGAUAUACAUAGGAUUGAUAAGUGCUCUGAUUUGGUAUGUACUCCUCACUACCAUAUCCAAGAAUGCACUGUUACUUCCUUUGCUGUUGAGAAGUCAACUUGUUAGUAAAGGCAGAUCAUGCUAUUUUUGCAGCUAAAGACUGGAGAAACAUUAGAAAUGCCCUUCGCACAUUCCAUAAAACUGAAGGUGGACUUAGCAAAAUCUUCUGUUAAGGUGGAAAAUAAAAUGCCAAGCGAGAUGUUUUGUCUAGGAUGCAAAAAUGUUGGCUGCAAAGGAGGAUUGGUGGGGUUUUUUUUACAAAAAAUCUCUUUAUUAUGAAAGCAUAUUAUACUCAGUAAUACAAAAAUUCAAGGAUAAAAUAUUUUAAUUUUAUAUUGUAUAAAGUGUGCCUCCCCUGUGGAACAUUUUACUUGCCCGUACCCAUAUAUAGCAGUGUACACGCCACUGUAGCUAGAGAUCUCAGCACUUCUAAAUAAACUAUUGUCCAGAGAUUGAUUUAUAUAACCAUAAAAUUCUGCUGUAGGCUGAAACUUGGCUUUAAAGUUUGUCUUGGAGCAAUUUAUUUCUUUUGCAAGGUCAUAUUUGAUCACAUGUACUUUGAGUGUUGAAAAUUAAAAUACUUUUUUUACUGAUUAA